UGAGAAACAGAGGGACCCACCCAACAAAUUUGAAAAUCCUUUGUUAUUUCACAAAAAUCAAUGUCAAGGCUCCUUCUUCUUCUCCACAGUCGAACCCUCACUUCCCAUCUCUGCAACUCCACUCUCACUCCCACACUCACACAGACACAGUCUCUCUCUCCCUCUCCUUCCUUUCCCCUCCAGCUCCAAACCUUCUCCUUCCGCUCCUCAUUCUCCUCCAAAACCAAGAACAGCAAACAGCAAGAACAAGAACAAGAAGAAGCAGAUAAAGUAGGAAAUGAAGCGAAGAACAAGAACAAGAAGAUUAAUAAUAGUAGCAGCGAGAGUAGUGUUAGAGAUUCUGACUAUCCAAGCGGUGAGUUUCAGUUGCAAGAGUUUAGCUGGUGGAGGAAGCUCACUGUGAAGCUCAUGAUGCUCACUGCAUUGCCUAGAGAGCGCAUUCCCAACGCCACCUUUUUGACCAUGAAGAUCCGCGGAGAGAUAUUUGAACAGCUAGAGAGCCGUUACUCUUCAGAACUAUCUCUACCUCAAAUUUGUGAGAACAUUAUAAAAGCAGCAUAUGAUCCGCGUAUUUCCGGUAUCUAUCUUCAUAUUGAAACCUUGAGUUGUGGCUGGGCAAAGAUUGACGAAAUCCAAAGGCAUAUAUUGGAUUUCAAAAAAUCAGGGAAAUUCAUUGUGGCAUAUGUCCCUGAAUGUUGUGAGGAAGAAUAUUACCUUGCCUGUGCAUGUGAAGAAAUAUAUGUCCCUCCAAGUGCUUAUUUUUCUCUGUUUGGUUUAACCGUUGAAGCAUCAUUCCUUAGAGGUGUCCUUGACAAUGUAGGAAUUGAGCCAGAAGUGGAAAGGAUUGGCAAAUACAAAAGUGCUGGGGAUCUACUUACAAGCAAAACUAUGUCUGAAGAAAAUUGUGAGAUGCUGACUGCAUUGCUUGAUAACGUCUAUGAGAAUUGGCUGGAUAAAGUUUCUUCUGCAAAAGGAAAGACAAGGGAAGAUCUGGAGAACUUCAUUAAUCAAGGUGUUUACCAAGUAGAAAAGCUAAAAGAAGAGGGCUGGAUAACAAACAUAAGCUAUGAUGAUGAGGUUAUUUCAAUGUUGAGGGAGAGACUGGGAUUACAUAAGGAUGAACAGAUCCCUAUGGUUGAUUACAGCGAAUAUUCUAGAGUUAGAAAAUGGACUCUCGGUUUAUCUGGCGGUGAAGACCAAAUAGCUGUAAUCAGAGCCUCUGGGAGCAUUAGUCGAAUACAAAGUCCAUUUAGUGACUCUAGUUCGGAUAUUAUUGAGGACGAGUUCAUUGAGAAGAUUCGUAGUGUGAGAGAGUCUAAAAGAUAUAAGGCAGCAAUCAUCCGAAUUGACAGCCCUGGAGGUGAUGCUCUUGCUUCUGAUUUAAUGUGGAGGGAAAUCAAACUUUUGGCUGCAUCAAAACCUGUCAUUGCAUCAAUGUCUGAUGUGGCAGCAAGUGGAGGAUACUAUAUGGCAAUGGCAGCAGGGACUAUUGUUGCAGAAAAUCUAACCUUGACCGGUUCCAUUGGAGUUGUAACAGGGAGGUUUAACCUGGGGAAACUAUAUGGAAAGAUUGGUUUCAACAAGGAAAUCAUAUCGAGGGGAAAAUAUGCUGAGCUCCAUGCAGCGGAACAAAGACCUUUAAGAUCAGAUGAAGCAGAACUUUUAGCCAAGUAUGCACAGCAUGCAUAUACGCAAUUUCGAAACAAGGCGGCUUUUUCCAGAUCAAUGCCUGUAGAUAAGAUGGAGGAGGUUGCACAAGGGAGGAUUUGGACUGGUAAAGAUGCAGCUUCAAGAGGCUUGGUUGAUGCUAUUGGUGGACUUUCUCGGGUUGUUGCUAUAGCAAAACUGAAGGCUAAUAUACCUCAAGACAGAUAGGUUACUCUUGUGGAGCUUUCAAGAACACCCCCAACACUAUCAGAGUUAUUAAGUGGCUUUGGGGAUACUCUAGAAGGAGUUGACAGAACACUGAAAGAACUACUGCAAGGGUUGAUAUUCUCUGCUGGAGUUCAAGCCCGGAUGGAUGGAAUAAUGUUUCAGAGAAAGAAACAUACGUCAAUUCCAUUUUUAAGUCGAUAAAAGAUUACUUGAAUUCUCUCUAACCUUUAUUGGUUAUCCAUCGUCUCACUUCUCCAUUUUGAUAAAAACCAUCCUAAUCCCUCUAACCUGUAUUGGUUAUACACAGUCUCGCUGCUGCUUCUCCAAAAUCUAAUUUUAGUUGGACAUUUGUGUUCUAAAGUUUGGCACAAUGGAGCAAUUAGUUUGGGAUAUACUUUGUUUGGAAAACAGCUGAAGGCCAACUGAACCAACUUGAAUUUUUCUCUUCAUUUUUUUACCCUUUUGGUUUGCAUCUAUUUUCUCCAUGCCUUUGUACAUGAAUAAGCAGAAUUAUGUAGUGUACUAGUGUUCUACACAGGCAAUACCAAAAAGAAAGAAAAAUGUUGUGUUGUAAUA